CUCUUCACUUGAAGGUCUUAUAGUAGGCAACUGAUUUUCAAACAAAAAAUUCGAAGUUCUCUGAGCUUCUUUCUACCCUGAAUGAAUCCUGAUUUUAGUAACGUUUAAGGUGAUUGCUGCAGAGACUCUAAAGUUUAGGACAAAACCAGAUUAAGGGCAUUAAUCAUCUAAAUAAAAUAAUUGUCAUCUAAAUAAGGAUUAUGAAGACCAAUGAAGUAACAAUAGUUGAUCGUCGUUUAUCGAGUACUGAAAAGAUGCUUCUUGAAGAGCAAUCCAGUGCUGCAGCUGGAACCCCAACUUUGUCCUAUUUCCCAGGCUCCUUCUCCAGAGUAUUUCUCCAACUUUGAAGCUUACAGAAUUCACAAAUUCAGAUCUGGCAUCCUUUUCAGAGAAAGAACUUCAGUAAUGUGGUUAACCUAAGGAGUAAAUGCUUAACUACUCUGACCUAAUGGAGCUAUAGAAAAAAAAUUUUUAAAAAGAUUCUGAGUUGUUUGGGCAGAGAUUGAAAGCAAGAAAAACAAGUUGUCAUAAGUUACUGAAUGGGAAAAUAUUAGUCUUGGACUUUCCUUUUAGAUGUAACCUUCUGUAAUGGAAGAUGAUUGAAGAUAAGGGGCCUCGUGUUGCUGACUACUUUGUUGUAGCAGGAUUAACUGAUGUUUCCAAGCCUCUUGAAGAAGAAAUUCACUUCAAUGAUGCCUGUCACAAAGUAGCAAAACCAAAAGAACCUAUCACGGAUGUUUCAGUUAUUAUUAAAUCUCUUGGGGAGGAAGUGCCACGGGAUUAUAUGUGUAUUGAUGUUACCCCAACUGGAUUGUCAGCUGACCUCAAUAAUGGAAGUCUUGUGGGGCCACAGAUUUACCUUUGCUAUAGAAGAGGAAGAGAUAAGCCUCCCCUUACAGAUCUGGGAGUUUUAUAUGACUGGAAAGAAAGAUUGAAACAGGGGUGUGAAAUUAUUCAGAGUACUCCCUAUGGACGCCCUGCAAAUAUUAGCGGCAGUACCUCAUCACAAAAGAUUUAUAUCACCUACCGAAGAGCCUCUGAAAACAUGACUCAGAAUACCUUGGCUGUCACAGACAUAUGUAUUAUUAUACCCAGUAAAGGAGAAGGUCCACCACAUACAUUCUGCAAAGUCGACAAGAAUCUCAAUAACAGUAUGUGGGGAUCAGCAGUAUACUUAUGUUAUAAAAAAUCGGUGGCAAAGACUAACACUAUAUCUUACAAAGCUGGUCUAAUUUGUAGAUAUCCUCAAGAAGAUUAUGAGUCAUUCUCACUUCCAGAAUCUGUUCCCCUAUUUUGUUUACCAAUGGGUGCAACAAUUGAAUGUUGGCCAUCAAAUAGCAAAUACCCUCUCCCUGUAUUUUCUACAUUUGUGUUAACUGGAGCCUCAGCUGAAAAGGUCUAUGGUGCUGCUAUUCAGUUUUAUGAACCAUAUCCUGAGGAGAAUCUCACAGAAAAACAGAGACUCCUUUUGGGUUUAGCAUCAUCGGCAGAUGGGAAGUCUGACAGUUCCAAAACAGUUCACACUAGCAAGUGCAUCUGUCUUCUUUCUCACUGGCCUUUUUUUGAUGCAUUCAGGAAAUUUCUGACUUUUUUGUAUCGUUAUUCCAUCUCUGGGCCUCAUGUCCUUCCAAUUGAGAAGCAUAUUUCUCAUUUUAUGCACAAAGUUCCUUUCCCAUCUCCUCAGAGACCACGGAUUUUAGUUCAGUUAUCACCACAUGAUACUCUGAUUCUCAGUCAGCCUGUUUCAUCUCCUCUUCCACUAAGUGGUGGCAAGUUUUCAACACUACUUCAGAAUUUAGGCCCUGAAAACGCAGUGACGCUGCUGGUGUUCGCAGUAACAGAACACAAGAUUCUCAUCCAUUCCUUACGGCCUUCGGUGCUUACCAGUGUGACAGAAGCACUAGUGUCUAUGAUAUUCCCUUUCCACUGGCCAUGCCCAUAUGUUCCUCUCUGUCCACUGGCUUUAGCUGACGUCUUGAGUGCACCAUGUCCAUUCAUAGUAGGAAUUGACUCAAGAUACUUUGAUCUCUAUGACCCUCCACCAGAUGUUAGUUGUGUUGACCUUGAUACCAACACCAUUUCUCAAACUGGUGACAAGAAAAAUGUACCCUGGAAGAUACUCCCAAAGAAACCUUGUAAAAAUCUGAUGAACACACUGAAUAAUUUGCACCAGCAAUUGGCAAAAUUGCAGCAGAGACCAAGGGAUGAUGGACUAAUGGACUUAUCAAUGAAUGACUAUGAUUUUAAUUCUGGAAAGAGGUUGCACAUGAUCGAUUUGGAAAUCCAAGAGGCGUUUUUAUAUUUUAUGGCUUCUAUUUUAAAAGGUUAUAGGUCAUACUUAAGACCACUAACAGGAGCCCCAUCUGAAACAGCCACAGAUGCAAGCUCUCUUUUUGCCCUACAAGCUUUCUUAAGAAGCCGGGACCGAUCACAUCAAAAAUUCUAUAAUAUGAUGACCAAGACACAAAUGUUUAUUCGCUUCAUUGAGGAAUGUUCUUUUGUCAGUGAUAAAGACGCAAGCCUGGCGUUUUUUGAUGAUUGUGUAGAUAAAGUGGAUAUGGACAAGAGUGGUGAAAUGCGGCUUAUAGAACUGGACGAAUCUUUCAAAAGUGAACAUACUGUUUUUGUAACACCACCUGAGAUCCCCCAUCUACCCAAUGGUGAAGAACCCCCUUUACAGUACAGCUAUAAUGGAUUUCCAGUUCUUAGGAACAAUUUAUUUGAGAGACCUGAAGGAUUUCUACAAACACAAAAGAGCAGAUUGCCUUCAAAAUCCAGUAGUCCUAGUAGCCCUUCUCCCAUGUUCAGAAGAACAAAACAGGAAAUUAAAUCAGCCCAUAAAAUUGCCAAGCGUUAUUCUUCCAUUCCUCAGAUGUGGUCUAGGUGUCUGCUGCGUCACUGUUAUGGACUGUGGUUUAUUUGUCUCCCAGCUUAUGUGAAAGUAUGUCAUUCAAAAGUCAGGGCUCUAAAAACAGCAUAUGAUGUGCUUAAAAAAAUGCAGGCAAAGAAGAUGGAUCCGCCUGAUGAGGUGUGCUACCGCAUUCUUAUGCAGCUCUGUGGACAAUACGAUCAGCCAGUGCUUGCAGUUCGAGUGCUUGUCGAAAUGCAGAAAGCUGGUAUUGACCCCAAUGCCAUUACUUAUGGUUAUUAUAAUAAGGCUGUUUUGGAAAGUACUUGGCCUUCACGAAGUCAUAAUGGCUAUUUUCUUUGGACAAAAUUAAGAAAUGUUGUUUUAGGAGUAGCACAGUUCAAAAGAGCUUUAAAGAAACAUGCACACUUAUCACAAACAACUCUCUCAGCAGAUGGCAGUGACCUGGAUGCUGUUAGUCAUGGCAGCAUGGAUAGUGGUCAUGGGACACACACUGUGGAGCAGGCACCUUUUAAUACGGGUUUAAUCAAAGUCUAUGCUGCCGAUGAUAGAUCUAGCACAGGUGGCCAGUCUGAUCUUGGAUAUAAUUCAUUAUCUAAAGAUGAAGUUAGAAGAGGAGAUGCAUCUACUGAGGACAUUCAAGAAGAAAAAGAUAAGAAAGGGAGUGAUUCUAGUUCCUUGUCGGAGAGUGAGAGUACAAAAGGAAGUGCUGAUUGUCUUCCUAAGCUCAAUUAUCAGAGUUCUUCCAGCAUAGUUCGCCUCGGUGGUACAGAUAACAACAGUGCUGAUAAAAUUGUGGGAGAAAACACAGAAAGCACAUCUGAGCCACUCUUAAUAUCAUCUUUUGAAGAUACAAAUGAAACAAGAAACAUUCAAAGUAGAUGCUUCAGGAAAAGACAUAAAAAUGAUAGUGAACCUAAUUUGCAGCAGCAGAUGUCCUGGGAAAAUAGAAGCCAUAAUCUUAGUGGAGGAGUAGUGAUGGGACUUAUGCUCAAUAGAAUUAACCAGGAAGCAAACCCUGGAGAUAUGGUUGAAAAAUUAGGAGCUGAUGCAAAAAUUCUUUCACAUGUUAUCUCAAAAAGCUCAAGACCAAACAGUCUUGAUAUUGGAAGGCCAUCUUUAAGAUCAAAAAGAGAGAGUCUAGAAAAGGAAUCUAGUGACGAUGAUACACCUUUUGAUGGUCCUAAUUGUUUGACAGAUAAAGUGGAUUCUCCAGUUAUUUUUGACUUAGAAGACUUAGACAAUGAAACUUAUGGGUCCAAAAUGGGCUGUGUUGCUACAGAAAAUCCCAAAAGAAUUCAACGUAUGAACAGCAGCUUUUCAGUAAAACCUUUUGAAAAAACUGAUGUUGCAACAGGAUUUGAUCCCCUCUCUCUUUUGGCUGCUGAGACUGAGCAGGAACAAAAAGAGGAGGAAGAAGAAGAUGAAGAUGAUAGCAAAAGCGUUUCAACACCAUCUGCUAAGCGUGAUUUAGCUGAAGAAAUUGUGAUGUAUAUGAAUAACAUGACCAGUCCUUUGACAAGUCGGACCCCAAGCAUUGAUUUACAACGGGCAUGUGAUGAUAAAUUAACCAAUAAGAAAAGUCCAACUUUGGUCAAGGCACGCAGAAGAUCCAGCCUGCCUCAUAAUUCUCCUAGGCUAAUGAGACUUACCAAAUCUAAAAGCUACACAAAAAGUGAAGACAGACCAAGGGAUAGACUCUGGUCUUCUCCAGCCUUCUCACCAAAUUGCCCAUUUAGGGAAGAAUCUCAAGAUGCAUUAACCCAUUCAUCACCUUCAUUUAAUUUGGAUACACUACUAGUACCUAAACUAGAUGUUCUAAGGAACAGUGUGUUCACUGCUGGAAAAGGAGUUGCAGAGAAAGCCAGCAGAUGGUAUUCAAGAUUCACCAUGUAUACCACAUCAUCUAAGGAUCAAAGUUCUGAUCGUACCAGUCUUUCUUCAGUGGGAGCCCAGGAUUCUGAAUCCAUCUCUUUAACAGAUGAAGAUGUCUGCCCUGAGUUGGAAGGGGCCCCUUCCACCCAAGAGUGCGGUGCCGCCACAGGGACCAAGGGAAUUGAGUUCAGCAGAACAAGCCUAGAAAGUUCUGCCUCCAUAGAAGGGUCCCUCUCAAAGUUUGCCUUACCUGGGAAGUCGGAGGUGGCGUCUCCCUGUAACGCAAGUAAUACAAGUAUCUUCCAGAACUAUGCAAUGGAGGUUCUCAUCUCAAGUUGCUCGCGGUGCAAAACUUGUGAUUGUCUUGUCCAUGACGAGGAAAUCAUGGCCGGCUGGACAGCAGACGAUUCAAAUCUUAAUACGACAUGUCCAUUUUGUGGCAAUCUUUUCUUGCCCUUUUUGAAUAUUGAAAUAAGGGAUUUAAGACGACCUGGGAGAUACUUUUUGAAAUCAAGUCCAUCUACAGAAAGUAUGCAUUUUCCAGCCUCCUUCUCAAGUCAGACAAGGCCGUCUUGUAUCUCGACAUCAGCCUCUGGUCUUGACACAUCCAUUAUCUCUGUUCAAGGGGAUUUUGGUUUAAAUAGCAAAUCCAAACUACUGGAGAACACAUAUGCCCGAAGUAUUCAGAUCCCCGCCGAUAGAUCAAAAACAGCUGUGUCAAAAUGUCCAAUAUUCCCAAUGGCCAGGAGCGCCAGUACUCACGGUCCGUUGGAUAAGGAGGACGCCGGAGGGCAGAGGCUCAUUCCUACCGGCAGUCUGCCGGCUACUUUGCACGGAACUGCAGAUUCUCUAGGAUUAGAAUGGCACCUCCCAAGUCCGGACCCUAUCACUGUCCCGUAUCUCAGUCCUUUAGUGGUAUGGAAGGAACUGGAAAGCCUAUUGGAAAAUGAAGGCGAUCGUGCAAUAACAGUGGCAGACUUCGUGGACCACCAUCCCAUUGUGUUUUGGAACCUGGUGUGGUAUUUUAGACGUCUUGACUUACCUAGUAACUUACCUGGAUUGAUUCUUUCUUCUGAGCAUUGCAACAAGUAUUCCAAGAUUCCCCGCCACUGUAUGUCUGAAGACAGUAAAUAUGUUCUGAUACAGAUGUUAUGGGACAAUAUGAAAUUACAUCAGGAUCCGGGACAACCCUUGUACAUCCUCUGGAACGCCCACAGUCAAAAUCGUACUCUUUUGUUUGAGACCCAGAAGUAUCCAAUGGUGCAUUUAUUGCAAAAAGGUGAUAAUUCAUUUAACCAGGAACUGUUAAAAAAUAUGGUAAAAAGCAUUAAAAUGAAUGAUGUCUAUGGACCAAUGAGUCAGAUUUUAGAAACUCUGAAUAAAUGUCCUCAUUUUAAAAGACAGAGGAGUUUGUAUAGAGAAAUACUAUUUCUCUCACUUGUGGCACUGGGAAGAGAAAACAUUGAUAUAGAUGCAUUUGAUAAAGAAUACAAGGUGGCGUAUGAUCGCCUCACACCCAGUCAAGUCAAGAGCACGCACAACUGCGACCGGCCACCAAGCACCGGCGUGAUGGAGUGCCGGAAGACUUUCGGAGAGCCUUACCUUUAAGAUGUGUGUGUGUGUUUGUGUGUGUGUGUGUGUACUUCCAACGUGUCUUGUAUAGUCAGUGCAUAAAAUAACACUUUUAGACUCUAAGCUUUUUUCUUCAAUUUUUGAAAAUACAUUUGUAAAUGGUCCGGAAUGUCCAUACAGCUUAUGUACAGAAUGUUUUAAGAAGAGAAUAGUGACAAGUGGGGAGAGGGCCACUUUGUUUCCCAUUUCCUUUUUUUUCUGUACUUUCCCUGCAACAAGUAAUUAUUUUUGUGAUGAGGAAAUCCCUAAGUGAAGGUAGUUCCCAGAAAAUAAAACAACCGCUUUAUGGUUUCUCUUUGACGAGACAUAUGAAAACUCAUGUAUGGAACUCGAACAUAUGUGGAGUCAGAGUAUCUCCUGUUUUCAUAGACUAGUCAACUGUUUUGGCCAUGAAGUUGUAUUAUACAUAUUUUAAAUUGUUUAUAGUAAGUUGAUAUUUUUUUAAUUUUUAAACUUAAUAUAGCAAACUUAAAAUGAACUUAAACUUAUACAGCAAGCAAUUAAGUGCUUAUUUUCCUUGUCUGCUAUUUGAAGUAAUUAGUUCAGCUGCAGAUCUGUAUAUGUAUAUCUAUUUUUUUUAUUAUUUGGCAGAAUGACUCAAACAUGUCAGUGCUCGUGCCCGUGCUGUCCUCCUAGACGUGCAUGUGAGACUCCUGAGCCUGCCUGCAGCGAGUGAGUGGCGGCAGGGGCGUGCACUGCUGAGGCUGACUCGUUGAGCCUGUGCACGGAGCGCCAGGGAGGGCCUAGGCCUGCUUCUGCAAAGUCAGGUUCAGCACACCACAAUUCCAAAAGUGCUCUGUUGCUGAUGCAUACAUACAGUACACAGGGAAAAUAGCCUCCAAAGCCAAAUAUCCAUUUAAAUUUUAAUACUCUACAUAAAUAUUUGUGUUGGGAAAUAUGUCAAUUUAUGCUUUUCCAAAUUUUAACCUUAAUAUCUAAAAUAUUGGGUAUGAUGCAAAUUGUACUAUAUUUAUCAGAAAUAUGACCUCCUGGAGUCCUCUGUUAAUAUUAUAUAUACAUAUAAAUAUUCAAAAUUUUUUUCAAAGUAGAAAAGUAAUAAAUGAAAGUAAAGCCAUAGAGAAUUUCCCAUAUUGAGGAACUUGGCUUUUUCAAUAAGCCUUGGAAUCUGAAGUUUAUGGAAUCUAAAGUCCAGAAAUAUCCAAAGAUCAGACAAUAAUCUGAAUGUUUAAAUGCCGUGGGCAGACUCUAAAAUAGACUCUAAAGAAUAUUUUUAGUCCCAUUAUUUCUAAUACCACUUUCUUUGGGUAAUUCUGACCUAGAGUAUUCUUUGGCUGUUAGAUUUCAUAGAUCUUCAGUGUGUGUGUGGGUGUGAGUGUGUCUGCACACAGUGCCAUAAGGAAGGGACUCUCUAGUCAACUGCAAAGGAAAGAGUGGGUGGUCCCAGAUUAUGCGUGUAGAGCUGGUGGUGCCAGGACAUUCGGACUGCAGAUGUCGUGGAGUCCUAAGACUUAGAAUCAGUUCAGCUGCAGGAAAGCCACCUUUUCAGUUCACACCAUAAGUGAGUAUCACCAAGCUGAAACAUUUCACAGCUUUUACUCUAGGAAAUAAUGGGGAGAGUUUAAAAAUGUAAAAUUUUAGUUUGGUUAGUUUGGGGCAGAACUUGCUUACUUGAAAAAUCUGGUGCUACGCACAUGUAUCUGCCUCUCCUUUGUAAAUACCACUCCAAUUUUAUCUUUCAGUAUUCAAAUCAAAGUUUCACAUUCUAAGUGAGUCUUAGGUUUUUCUAAAUCACUUGUAAGGUGUCCAAGUGAGAAACAUGUGAUAGGUGAGGCUUUGGGCAUUGGCCACAAACAUCUCUCCAAACAGGAUUCUGGGGUCUGAGUCCAUUUUUGUUCUUGUUUGUUUUUUCCCUUGUAAGAGCAGCUUUCACCAUUGUGUACCUUAUCUUUAUCACAAUAUGAAUCAGUUUAUUGACUUCAAACAUCUAACCAAAAAAGAUGAGGUAAAGCCCAUUGUUCUGUGGUUCAAACUUAUUGGGAAAAGUGAAUGUAAUUUGUGUCUUCUCCCCACCCCCGAGUUUUGUUUCUGCUUUUGGCUGGGUUUUGUUUCCCCUACUUUUAAUCCCCAGGGAAUAUUAUUUGCACAAAUUUGGUCUUUAAAAACCCUCAAACAUGAAUAGGAAGUGGUAAACUCUGUUCAAAACGAAAUUAAAAUAUAGAUCAUCCUUUAAAAUAACGCUAUACGUACUUUAAUUUUCUCUCUGUUGACCGUACAUGUUGGAGAACUGUGGCCACUUGUGUGGGAGAGAAAUACCCUUUGCUACGUUAUCUUUCUGUCAUUUUCUUAUUCUGAGUUUGUUUGUGUGUCUGAUAGUUGAAAAUAAAUCAUUCCGUGUCCUGGUCCAA